AUGUAUUCAACUGGUAUGUACAAUUCUCAAGUUGAUGGUCGUCGAUUAGCUAGAGGCGUUGAAUAUGGAGCUUCUGGAGCAGUUCAAGGAUUUGAAAAUAGACGUGCUGUUGGUCUUGGAGCAUUCCGAGGAGCCGAAUUAGGAGCUAAAGCCGGAUAUCAAUAUGGACAUAAUGGACUUGGACAAUAUGGUGGUGGUAUGAGACUCGGUGCUGCUGGACUCGGUGGUAUGGGACUCGGUGGUGGACCUGUCAUAACCGUUACGGUUCCAUGGACACAACAAUUUGGUAUGGCUUACCAACAAUUUGUUAAUGGUGGAUACGGAGGCAUGGGUGGUAUGGGUGGAUACGGAGGUAUGGGUGGAUACGGAGGUAUGGGUGGUCUCGGUGGUGGUCUUGGCGGUCUUGGUGGUGGCCUCGGAGGUGGUUUACCUAUGGCUGGUGUUGCUAACUUCGGAGGUAUGGGUGGUGGUCUUGGUGGCUACGGAGGAGGUAUGGGCGGUUUAGGAGGUGGUAUGGGACAAGUAGUACAAGGUGUUCCAAUUGGAUUUGGUGUAACAACAUAUUAA